CCGCCCCAGCCGGGCGCGCAUGCGCAGCAGGACGCUGUGCCGGGGCUCCCCCAGCGCGCAGGCGCUGCGCGGAGACAAGAUGGCGGCGCCCGUGGACCUGGAGCUGAAGAAGGCCUUCACUGAGCUGCAGGCCAAGGUGAUAGACACGCAGCAGAAGGUGAAGCUGGCCGACAUCCAGAUCGAGCAGCUGAGCAAGACGAAGAAGCACGCCCACCUCACCGACACGGAGGUCAUGAUGCUGGUGGAUGAGACCCGCAUGUACGAAGGUGUGGGGAGGAUGUUUAUUCUUCAGCCUAAAGGAGUGAUUCAUAAUCAGCUCUUAGAAAAACAGAGGAUAGCUGAAGAGAAAAUUAAGGAAUUAGAGCAGAAGAAGUCGUACCUGGAGCGCAGCGUGAAGGAAGCAGAAGAUAACAUCCGGGAAAUGCUGAUGGCCCGAAGGGCACAGUAGCUGCGCGGUUCCCCACAGCCUCCCCUGACACUGUCUGGGUGCUUUUGGGCAGCUCUGCCUGCGUGCUGCUCACUGCCACCUGGCUGCGUGAGCUCUCUUCUGUGCUAGUUUCAAUAAAACUCUGCUGUGAAGUCUGAGC